ACGAUUUAUCCGCCUCCCGAGAGUUGCCUUGGUCAAGUCCGCCGGGCGGCACUCCAAGCAGACGGCCGGAAAUGUUCACACGCGUCGAGAACCGCCAUGUUCAGUGACAAGACCGCGUCAGCCUUGUCUAUCCUGCAGAAGACAUACGACGACAGCUAUCUAACAUGUUCCACUGCUGUAUACUAUGAGGCGCAGGGUAACGAAGGGGAGGCUAUGCGAUGCUGGAAACAAGCACUCGAGCGGAUCUACGACCACCAUGCCAACCGAGUCGUCCCAGAUUUCACGCCACGUUCUGAUACAGAGAAGGCGCUGGUAGAAAGUCUUCGGCAGCUGGAGUUACAGUGUAAAGAACGAAUCGAUCUCCUUGAAGCGCUCCGUCUCUCGCGCCAAGAAUCAUUCCAAGACGAGCCGUUUUCUCCUCAACGCGAACCCGUUAAGCCAACGUCCGAGACCCCAAAUGCCCGGGCUCCUAGACAGCAUGAGCAGGGUUGGAUAGGGGACGGAACUAUCCCCGCUGUCACAUAUACAGAACUGGCGCGGCCGGACAUGCUGAGACGCAGGUCAACCCCUAGGACUCCUUCCUCAAAGAAGAUCGUGGCAGGAAACAUGGCGCCGCAGGCGUGCGAUGCCGUGUCGGCGUUGGAGCCACGGCAUCCCUCCGCGUCCAUGCCAUUGCAGCGCUCUCCGGAAAAGACGUCAAGGACAUCCAGCCCGGAGAGACAUACAAUGCGUACCACUUUACGUGCGAGUCGGCCACCAGAAAAGCUGACAAAGACGCCUCUGUGGCGACCAGCUCUGAAACGAGCGGAUGGCCCCGGUGCUAACAAAGCGGCGAUAUUGGCGUGGAGCUCACUGGGUCAACGUGACCCGGCCGAGUCGGGCUUGUUAGGCGCCCAGGAGCCACUCCCGAAUCUGCCCACGCCUUCCGAACAGCUGCACAGAAGACCAGCAGAGGUCCACAGGAUUUGGGAUAGCAAUUCAAGAAGGCUCACCAGCCCCCGGACUCGAAGCCCCGUCAAACAGUCCGACCGGAGGGUGAGUGCGGACUUGGCAGAUCUGCGGCCGGCUGACGGCUAUUCAUAUCCCCAACCGUCCCCUAUCUCUAUUAGCGCAGCAUCUAGCGCCCUAAACUCUCUUGCCCUGAGAGACAACACUGAACGGCACUCGCCUGCCAGGGAACGGAUCGCUACCAGGAGGACCGCUCCUCCCCGGACACCGCAAACGGGCAAGUUGAAAAACCUGUCCAAUGCGGAUACGGGCUUAUCGGAUACCGAGAAAAGUAGGUCUUCGGGCGAAAAGAUGGCGUCAGACCCUGCCAUCAGUUCACGGAGAUCAGCUUCCGAGAUGCUUAGUGCAAGGAGGACCAAGGGCGCCACCAGCACGACCGAAGUAGGAAGCCGGACAAAGCGAACACGCUCAGGCUUGGCUUCUCCGCCAAGCGCUGAUAUGUCUUCCUUGCCAUUCGAUACUACCCCGCGGUCAUCACAGCGUCAGGACAGUAGUGGGCGGCAGAAAGGAGCCUCACUCAUCAUUGACUCCCAAGCCGAGUCCUCUGAGAGCUCAGGUUCAACAGAAGACGAUCAGACUAGCCCAGCACAUCUGUGGAAGAAGCGGAAGGCGGAUAUCCUCAAGAAACUGCCAGCCGGGGUGGAGCAACAGGCGGCGAAGCAAAUCCUCAACGAGAUCAUAGUCCACGGCGAUGAAGUCCAUUGGUGCGACAUUGCUGGGCUCGAAGUAGCCAAGAGCGCGUUGCGUGAGACCGUUGUCUACCCCUUCCUCCGCCCGGACCUGUUCAUGGGCUUGCGCGAGCCUGCCAAGGGUAUGCUGUUGUUUGGCCCGCCAGGCACGGGCAAGACGAUGCUGGCCCGCGCCGUCGCGACCGAGUCCAAGUCGACUUUCUUCUCCAUCUCGGCCAGCAGCCUCGUCAGCAAAUACUUGGGCGAUUCCGAGAAGCUUGUCCGUGCCCUCUUUGCCCUCGCAAAGGUGCUUGCCCCGAGCAUCAUUUUCGUCGACGAAAUCGAUUCGCUACUCUCGCAGCGCUCGGGAUCCGGCGAGCACGAGUCCAUGCGAAGGAUCAAGACUGAAUUCUUGAUCCAGUGGAGCGAUCUCCAGCGAGCGGCGGCGGGCAGAGAGGUAAGCGAGAAGGAUAAGGAGCGUGGGGACGCCAAUAGGGUGCUAGUACUCGCCGCUACCAAUCUGCCAUGGGCUAUCGAUGAAGCAGCACGAAGAAGAUUCGUGAGACGCCAGUAUAUACCGCUGCCCGAGGCCGAGACAAGGGCAACCCAGCUCAAGGCGUUGCUUAAGCAGCAGAAACAUACCCUUGAUGAUGCCGAUAUUGCCAAGCUUGUCGGCUUGACUGAUGGCUUCUCGGGCUCGGAUAUCACGGCGCUGGCCAAGGACGCAGCUAUGGGGCCGCUGCGGUCUCUUGGAGAUGCACUGUUACAUACGACCAUGGAUGAAAUACGUCCCAUUGAAUUGUCAGACUUCGUGGCCAGUUUAAACACCAUCAGGCCCAGUGUUAGCAAGUCAAGUCUCGCAAAGUAUGAGGAAUGGGCAAAGGAGUUCGGAGAACGAGGUGGGUAGGCGGCUACAGUAUCUACCAUGACAAUGCCUACGUAUCUUGAAGGGGCUGCUUGGGAUACGGUUCCCUAGACAGGAGCUUCCAAGGAGUCCAGAUACCACCUACUUAUGCAGCCCGCAAACAUCACUCGAGGCAAGCACUGCAGGUAUUCUUUUGUCAUUGAUGCUUGCCAUUCCAGUGCGGAAGUGAAGGCUAGCCUAGAUUAUUACACCUUACCAA